CGUCCUCGGACUUAAACCCUUGUCAAAACUUAUAUGGAUGGCCUUGUAAGAAGUAAAAUAUCCUGGCGUUAAGAUCGUUACGAGAAUACGCGGCCUUAAACGCUUUGAAUCUAAACCGUUAUGAUACCAGAUCAUCAUGGAUAUAAUCUCACUUCCUGUGAUUGACCUUAAGCAAGCAUCGGAUCCAGCAUACAGAGUCAGCAUAGCAAACAAAUUGUUCCAUGCAUUAGAGACUAUUGGUUUUCUGUACAUUGAUAAUGUUCCUGGUUACGACGAAGAAGAACUGAUUAAAUGGUGCCAAUGGUUCUUUGCGCUACCCAAUGAGACCAAAUAUAAGCUGCAUCGACGAUUCUGGAAUCCUGACAAUAAAAACAUCUACCGCGGUUCCUUCCCUGUUCAAGAUGCUGGUACUUCUGUUAAAGAAGGGUUUGAAAUAGGGUUAAAUUCCAAGACUAAAUCUGAAAAGAAUGUAAUGUUCUCUGAAUACAAUGUUUGGCCAACUGAUGCCUCCGGUCACGAAGAGUUCAAGGCAUAUAUGGUUUCAUAUUUCGAUGCAUUGUUUAAUGCUGGGCUAGAAAUUUGUCGUUUGGUGUGCCUAGGUUGUGGACUAGAAGAAAAUUGGUUAGAUUCCACGUUUAUACCAGAUACAUUAUCAACUCUUAGACUUCUUCAUUAUCCCCAAAAUCAUGAUUCAAAUAAUCAUGAUGGUGACGUAAGGUUGUGUUGCUCGGAGCAUUCCGAUUCUGGAUUCAUUACUUUGCUGUCUACUUUGGGAUUUCCAGGACUGCAACUGAAAUUAGGAUCUGGUCAAUGGGUUGAUGUUCCAAAAAGACCGAAUUCCUUGGUGAUGAACAUAGGAGACAUGUUGUCUAUUAUGACCGGAAAUUGUCUGAAAGCAACUCAACAUAGAGUUAUCGAUCCUGGAGUAGACAGAUAUUCCGUACCUUUCUUCUUUGAACCAUCAUACGAAGCUGAGAUCGGUUAUACUUUUCUUGGUUUCCCGAGCCAGACAAUAGAAAAGAAGCAGUAUGGAGACUGGUUACAAGGAAAGAUUUUAGAAUUCCAAGAGUACCGAUAUCUCGGACAAAAAAAAAACUGUACAGUUUAGGCCUACCUGGGAAUGUGUUCUAGGCUAGAAUGUAAAUUCAGAUAUUUAAGUAUGAAUGUAGUGUUAUCAAUCUCCCAGUGUUUACUAAAGUCAGUGUUACCAUUGUUUAUCUUGAAAGAAGAUUCAAACAACCUUU